CUCGCCAACUUGUAGGUUUGUUUUGGGAAGUGAGGUCAGAGUACGAAGUGAAAGACAUGUGUACAUGUAUGAGGAUACACAACUAGCGUCAUUUUAUUGGCCUUUAACUUAAAAACUUUGUGAUCGUCAAUAGAAUCAGCACAAUGACGGAUUUUUUGACGCAAACACAGCUGAAGAGGUUGAAAGAGCACAAGUACAGUGCACAGGGACAGUCGAUUCUCGAGCCACAGAUGCAGAAGUUCUGGCGAUGGUUGGUCGAGCAGAUUCCAGAAACAUGGGCUCCUAACACCAUUACAAGUGUUGGGCUCUUCAUCAACAUCGUCACGACAUUAUUUCUCGUGUUGUUCUCGUCCGACGCUAAGACAGAGGCACCAAGAAUAUGUUAUCUCCUGUGUGGGAUUGGGCUGUUUCUGUACCAGUCAUUAGAUGCCAUAGAUGGAAAACAGGCAAGGAGGACGGGUAACAGUACUCCUCUUGGGGAGCUGUUUGAUCAUGGCUGUGAUUCAGUGUCUACUGUUUUUGUGACAGUGGGAUUAACUACAGCUAUGAAAAUGGGGGAAGAGCCAUCCUAUAUGAUGUUCGAAGUGUUAGCGGGGUUGUAUCUAUUUUACCAAGCUCAUUGGCAGACUUAUGUUACAGGAACUCUGAUUUUUAAUAGAUUUGAUGUAACAGAGAGCCAGUUUGGAAUUAUAGGAGUUUAUUUUAUAAGUGCAAUAAUAGGACCAGGAUUUUGGGACACAGUUGUUCCAGGGGUUGGUAUGACUCUCCGAGCAUUGGCUGUGAUUGGCUCGCUAAUUCCAGCACUUUUUCACUGUAAAGAAAACCUAAAAAUCAUCUUCUCUGGAGGCAUCGGAAAAAAUAAGUCGACAAUUGCUAAUUGUGAGGAGCAAGAGUCCGAUAGGGACACUAGUACCAUAUUCCCAGUAGUUCCUAUUGGCAUUGUACUAGGUUUAGCUGUCAUGAUUGCUACAAAAUCGACAUCAAAUUUAUUCCAAGACCAUCCAUGUCUGUACCUCAUCAGCUUUGGUAUGGUGACAGCCAAGGUCACCAACAGACUUGUGAUAGCACACAUGACGAAGAGUGAGAUGGCAAUGUUGGAUUCCAGUCUAGUUGGGCCGGCCAUGUUGUUUUUUAACCAGUAUUUCAAUGUGCUUGUUCCAGAGUAUCUGCUCUUAUGGAUAUGCUGUAUAUACUGUACCAUAGAUAUUGUGUGGUACUCGAGAGGGGUAUGUCAAGAAAUCUGUGAUUUUCUUGGAAUCUACUGCUUCAACAUCACCAGUAAACCUGAGAAGGUUCGUCCUACCACUCGGGCCAGUUCAAAAGCCAAUAAAUGAUCAUCUACCAUUUCUUCUUGUGUCUCACUCCAGUGGCUAUGUUUCAGGAGCUCAAUAUUCCAAAGACUUUCAACUUUUACUAUAAAAAUCAGGCAAACCAUGUGCGCCAUUUAAAGUAAUAUUUAUUUUCGUAUAUAUUUGUACUUAUUAAAUGUAAGCUGUCAAAGAAGUGCUGUGUUCAUAUUGUCGGCAAAAUAUCUUGGUGUUUAAAAUUUUAUUGAUAGAAAAAUGUGAUUUUAAGUAAUUUUGUCUGUAGUGUUGUAUUUAAAAUAGUGUUUAUAAAUGCAUGUUUUGUAAUUGUAGUCAGUAUACAGUAAUACACUGACUUGAGAAAAAUUUUAAUUUUGAAGAGACGAUAUUAAAACUGUUACAUAGUGUCAGUGUUUUUUUGUUGUGGCGAUUGCAUCUUAUCUAACAAUGAGGUGAAUUUUUAUGGUGUGUAAUAUUAUGAAAAUGUUUGAAACAUGAAAAAAAUGGCUUUAUAAGAUUUCCCAAACUUUCUUACUCAUGACAUUUAUAGUUACAUUUGAAGCCUUCAUAUAUGAUACUCAAAGUGUUAAAAGUGACCAGUUGCUGUGGAAGAUUGAAAUAUAUAUAUAUAUAUAUCGUACAACAACUUGCAUUUAAAUUUGUAGGAGCAAGCUAGAUAGUCAGAAGUUAAUUGUCAAUGAAUAUGGAUAAAAUAAAUAAUUUCUAUUACAAUCUGAUUAUAUCUGAUUACAACAUAGCCUGGUGUAGAAGUAAAACAAAGCUUGUCUGUUCAGAUGUAGAUGUUAGCCUUUGUUAGAUUAACUAAGAUUUACUACUCAUGGUGGUACCUUCACAGACCAUGAUAAUUCACGGUGUCUGAAAGUGCAUCACACUUUCCUGGACAGAUGUAAUGAUUUUCCACCAAAUUUUGCCUCUGAGUCCCUCUGAGACAUGAAGCGACAAAGUGUAGCAUAUGAAAAUUGUGUCUUAUUACUUACUCUGAUUUACAGAGUUACUGCUUCAUGUCACUAUAUGCUAGGGACAUAGCACACUUGCUACGUCACCAAAAUCUUUCAUAUUUAAAAAACUCUUGCAGUGGAGCAGUGUGGGAUAUCAAAAUCCUGUUGCCCUUUCGUUCAGUCCUCCACCAAACUUUUGUCAGAGAUGAGCGACUGCAUAGCUUGAGUUAUUGAUUUCCGAGAAGUAAAUUAACUUUGAAACUAUUAUUAUAAACUUAAGUAAUUUAUAGCAUCACAAUGGUUAUUUUCUGUCUGUUGUGAUUAUUCAAACUUCAUGACCGACAUUCGUUUAAUUGUCAAUUAGGGUUGGUUGAAAGUGUAUGUUCAAAAACUAAUCCUGGAUGCUAUGUUUUCAUGAAGUAUGAAAUUAUUACUUUUUGUUGUUUAAUGUAAAGUUAAGAAGGUGUACCUUUAGGAUUUCACUGACUUGAUGCCCUUAAUACUCCAGUGGCCUUGAAACAUAUUUGUUAACAUAUUUAAAUAUGCAAGGAGCAUUUAGUAACAAAAACAUGGAUUCAUCACCUUGUUGAUUGAGGGCUUUAGUGGUAAAAUGAUGUAACUGAUAAUACUAAAUUAUUAACUGUCAUUUACACAUCUAUGUAUUAUAGUAAUAUGUUUCAAGGAAGAUGGUGUGGAAGGUACUAUUUGGUAACUAAAACAUUUGUAUAGGAUUGUAAAGAUAUAAUGACUGCUCCAUAUACAAUGUAUACGUAUGUUAGAAAGGGUAAAUCAUACAUGACUGAGAAAAAUAGUCCUACUUUUUGUUAUCUUUUCAGAUUAUUUUUCUUUAUUUAUCUUAAUUUUUCUUGAUUUAUAAGAUCAAUUUUAUUUCCCCGAGUGAAUAAAACUGGUUUGAAAUCCAAUAUUACCAUCAUACCUCUGAGCAAAUGUUUCUUCUUUCCUAACUAAUCUGCAUCAAUGGACAAGAAUUUGCAGUUAUUUAUUUUUCAUAUAUAUGUUCAUGUAUAUUUGAAGCCAUAUAAUUUAUGCCAGGCAGAAUAUAUUACCAAAAUAUAGUUCUUGUGCCAAAAAGUUUUGUAAAUGUUAUUCACAUGACCCUGUUACACUUCCACUGAAAUAAGAAAAAAACAAAUAAAUAGUAAAAUAUUUAUGUUUGAAUUGUACUGGAAUGGAGUACUCGAUUAUUACAUGGAUUGUUUUAAGGUUCCUUUUUUAUCAUGAAUUUCUUAUUUCAUUUUGUGUUACUUUAUAUAUUAGCUUCUCAUGGCAUAAUACAUGUACAAAAUGUAUAUGGAUUCACCAAUAAAAUGAUAUCUGUCUCCUUUUUGAAACACUGUUAAAGACAAUAGGUUCCAAAGUUUAAAUUCAUGAACUUUACUAGCUUUUUAAUCAUAAACGCGAUGAAAUUGGGGGAGUUGUGACCUUUUGAUAAUUUUCUUAUUGGACACUGCAGGAUUAUGUCCUGUCAGAACAGUAUGUCUGAAACAUUUUAGAAAUUACAUUCAUCUGUUUUUGUCUAUUAAUAUAUCUAUGAAUGGUUGUAUGAGUAGGUAAUAUAAGUAGCAUAUUAAUUGCAAAUAUUAGAAAACUCUUUAACUGUGAAUAUUUAUUAUAAAGUAAUUCAUUAGUGUCCCAUAAGAUUUUGGCUGGUUCAAAUGAUUGUUGAUUGUUUACAAAUAUGUAAAAUGCAACAAAUGAAAAUAAUACAACAAUGAAGAAAUG